AUGGAGGUGACCCAACCGCUGAUCAACCUGCUGGACAACAUGCUGACCAUGGGCAGUCUCUACAAUGGCGACAGUCUCAUGUACGCUUCUCAGUACAAGACGAAUCAGUUGAAGCCGGAGGAAGUUGUGCCAGCGAAGCCUAUGCUGGAGUUCAAUCGCAUAAGGCAGGAGCGCAGUUUGCUGAGGUCAUCGAGAAGAUCAUCACCGUCACCACCAUCUCGUCGCUCGAACAAUCAAAACAAUCCGAGAUCUAAUAACGAUGCCGACGAUGGUGCCGGUGAUGAUGAUGAUGUGAGUGCGGAAGUCAUCGUGGGACGUCUGGAGGUGCAGCUGAAUGAGUUGCACCGAUUGGAUGGUCUGAUGCACGCGCAGUCAACUAUCGUCAGCGACCUGCUCCAAGACAAAGUCCUCCUGGAAAAAAGUCUGCAUGAAGUGGACAAGCAGCAGAAGCUUCUCAGCUCAGCAGCCGACGACGACGUCCGCCUCGCUUACCUCAACAGUCAAAAGACUUCACUGCAGGAUGAUGUGGCUCGUGUUGUCCUCCAAAUUCAACAGCAGCAACAAGUUUUGAACAAAACUCGAUCAGACUUGGACACCUGCGAACGUGCCAUCAUCCAGCUGAGAAACAAGUGGCAACUCAUCAAUAAGGACAUCAACGCCCCCCACGACACUGGAGAACACCGCUUUGUAAUUUUUAAUUGUUUCAAUCAGGAUGUCGGAGUUGUGACUCCGGAGAGAGCUAAGGAGUUAUCUAAAUUCUAA